AUGAGGCUACUUAUUGUCAUAUCGUUUUUGCACGUGCUCCACCAAGCCUCGGCAAGGGAGCUGAAAUUUGUCCAAGCUGUCUGGCGACAUGGCCAUCGAGCGCCCGGGGGACUACCAUAUCCUAAUGACAAAAAUGGCCUAAAUGUUUGGAAACGAGGCUGGAGUCAGUUAACACCGGUGAUUCAAGAUUGAAAACGUUGGGGUUAACUCAGGUUAUUUUAGCUUGGAAUGCGACAACUUAAAGAACUUGGCGACUUCUUUGAAGAACGUUACAAAGGAAAAUUCACAUCGAUAAGGUUCAAUGUCUCAGAGGUUAGUUUUUUUUUUUAAUGCUAAUAAUCCAUUGAUUUUCAUUUUCAAAUGCAAGAUUACUUUUAUGAAAAACUUCUUUUUAUCAUCAAAAAAUAUGAAUAAAAAAUAUGUGAUAACAAAGUCUUUGCCCAUAAGGAACUGCGAGGUACAAAGGACAUAUCAGCCCGUCGGGAAAAAAUAGUGAAUUUCCAGGGCCUUGGAAUCUCCCAUCAUCGAGUUGCAACGGCUGACCACGGCUUGGGAUUUGUGCGCGACUGCCAAGAUGCGAAAUAUUUUCUGCGGGAGAUCCACACUAUUUUCUCGGCAAUUGAUAUGCCUUUGAAUACUACAUAAAAAUUUUCAUAUAAACUUACAUUACUUUUUCGAAGUUGCGAUUUCAGAUCUAUGUAAAAGCCUCUGAUUCAGACCGUGCGAUUGAGAGCGCACAAUCGUUUCUUCAAGGCUUCUACCCCGCCGAAAAGGAUGAGAUCUUCGAGAAAGGCCUGUCUUGGCGACCAUUGCCCGUUCACACGUCUGGUCCCGACCAAGUCGAUUUGGUGAGAACCCAAAAAACUUUGAUUUCUCAUCCUCUUGUACUCCUUUAUGCUACGUUUUCAGGUCCUGCGGCCCACCAGCUAUUCUUGCGCAUUAUACGACAAAAUCAAAUCUCAUUUCAAGUUUCGCCUCAUGUUGAAUCUUUCCAAGCAAUAUCCUGAUGUCUACCGCUUCGUGAAAAACAUGACUGGUGUACCGGAGAAGAAAUUUCGAUGGACCGACGCUUUUCAUGUGGCCUCUGCAAACCGUGAAGUGGAAUAUAACUUAACUGUGGACCCCUGGCUCUUCAAACGAUGGCCCAACCAUGGAGGAAGGACAACGCUGGAGAUAGCGCUGGAAUGGGCGAAACUCGCUCGGUUCGUCGAAUGGGCAACACCAGAGAUGGCGAAAAUGAGAGGUGGAGUGAUGCUGCACGAACUGUUGAAGACAAUAAAUCAGGUAGCCAAGGGAAAGCAAACUGAUCCGAACAAAAUGAUGCUAUAUUCGGCGGUAAGGCGUCACCGAUAACAUUCUAAUAGAAGCUGAAAAUGGACUAAAAAAUGAGGCAUUCAAUUUCAGCACGAUGGCACCGUCAUGACGCUUAUAAAUUCGCUAAAACUGAAGGCUGAUCAGAUAGCUCCGUAUGGAUCAGCAGUCAUCAUGGAAGUGUACAAAGAGAAGGAGCAGUUUUAUGUUGAGGUAGGCCACUUUUUCCACAGCAAAAAUAAGCCUAUUCUGGCUGGGUUUUACAGCUCUAGGCCAACCAAAACAUGCUAAAUUUUGCUGGUAAACAAGUUUUGAUUGUGCUUUUAGAGCCGAGCUUUCUUUUUUGUUUCAAACAGAUAAGCUAGAAUAUUUAGUUGGUGAUGAAAUAAAAAAUUUCCUCGGAAUUGCCUCUUUCAAUGCAAAAAAUUGCUUUGUCAAAGAAGAAGGAGGGAAUUCCUGGAUGAGAGAAAACGUUUUUUUUUUGAUGCUAUGCCUCAUUGAGUCAACGGUAGCUCGGGGCGACGCACCGCGACAAUUCUUUUGGUUGCCUCAAUUUGUCGCUUUUUGGUAGGGCCAAAGAGAAGGCUUAGUUAAUACUACUCGAUUCGUAAAUUCGCAAAUAAAAAAUGGGACAUACACUGUGUUCGUUACGCCAAUUUUUUUAGUUGCUCUACCGCAAAAACAAGAAACUCCAAACCCUUCAAGUGCCUGGAUGCGAUGUUAGAUGCCCCGUUGACAAACUACGCAAGCUCUUGGCCAACAACAUUGUUGAAAGUCGAGAAAAGUUGGAUAUUCUCUGCGAAAACAAACCUCAAGUGAAGUCUUAG